AAACAACAAAACCAUUCAAUAAUUGGCCACUUAACCAAGAAUUCUUUUUCAAAAUGGUCCUCAAGAAUUUAAUACCCUUCUUUAAGAGUGAUAAUAGCAACAAUGAUUCACCUCCUCCCAACUCACCUACAACAACUAUUCCACCAACAACUCAAAUCUAUCAGCCACCACCAACUCCAGAAAAUAGACAACGAGAUAAUGAUCAAAUUGCAGCACUUGCAUUGAGUCCAAGAAAUCAACAAACUCAAAGACACUUUCGUUCUCCAUCAAUUUCCAUUCCAACCACAAACAGCAACAAUCAACAGCAACAACCAACAAGUCCAACCAACACUUCUCCAACUACUAACAAUACACGAAACAGAGCAAUUAGUUCUCCUUUUUCAUUCACCAGAAAGAGAGGAACCAGCAAUGUUUCGAAUGGAAGUAAUAACGGCAGUACAAGUCCUAGAGGCAUUAAUGGUGGUGCUUCAUCUCCUCGUAAUAGCCCUCAACAACCAUCAUCUCCAAGAAACUUGGUGAGAGAACCAACAAGAGAAGAAAGAAGAAAGCAAUUAUUUAAAGAAUUUGAAAUGAAGAAAGUUGUCAUUUAUUCGAAUUGUAAACGUUUGAGAGCUUUACUUGAUGUUUUGAUUGAAAGAGCUAAACCACAUCAAGUUCAGAAUGUUUCCUAUGUUUUGGCACAAAUGUCAGUUGUCGAAACGACUGGUUUACCUCCAACCACUGAAAAUGAUCUUAAAGUUGUAAAGAGCGAAUUGAAUUCGAUUAAUCUGGAAAUUUUCAGAUUAUCCUUGUUGAUUUCUGAAAGCUACAAACAAGAAGUUUUACAUCUGACAGGUGCCUCAACAAUACAUGACACGCGUUCACCAACAAGCAUUGAAGAUGAACAAUUAUUUGGAAAUGUCAGCUGUGAAUCUGUCAUUUUGAAAAUAAUUGGUAGAGAAUUAUCAGAUCUUGAAAGAGAUUUAGAAAGAAUGCAUCGUAGAUGUAGAGGAAAUAAGAAGAAACCUAUUGAACAACCUAUCCAACCUAAACGAAACAAUUCCUUAUUUGGAAGAAGAAGAGGAGCUUCUGCAAUUGAAAGGCCAAGUAGUAUGGUUCUUGGAAAUCAAGAUUCAAAGAGAAGAAACUCUAUGGAGUUUUAUAGAUCUUCAAUAAUUGAUGAACUUGGUCAAUCAGUGAUGGAAAAAGUUAUUGAGCGAGUUCAAAACAGUCAAUUUAGAACUGUCACUAAAGAAUUGCAUAUUGAACAGGGAAUUUUAAUGUUAAUAGAGAAAAGAUAUGAAGAAUUUGUGGAUAAAAUCAAUAGAUGUGACAUUGACAUUUAUAAUCCUGUCAGAAUGUCAGAUUUGAAAUCUGAAACAUUCUGGACAGAUUUCCUCACGAAAAAGAUGGCAUUCACAGAGAAUGAAUAUCAAAGUGCUCUUCAAAGUUUCUUAAUUUCCAAGGAAACUGAAAAUAAGAAUCAAGAAGGUUCCUCGUCAAUGGAAAAUCAACUUUCGAAUAGUAACUUUCAGAUAGAGAAUCGUUCUGAAGAAAUUGACUUGUCUGUACAAUAAAAAAUGUAAAUUUUCUCUC